GAUUCACCAUGUCUCAUAGCAUAUGCAUUGGAUGUUACUGCGUUUGAUGAUGACGGAUAUGACUCGAUGACACUUUAUGACACUGCUUCUUUUUCUACUUUUCUUAUUUUGCCGUAGCAGAGCGAUCAAUUAAGCCUACGCAGCUAGCUCUCGGCCUCUCACCGUCCCUCCCCGUUUUUGAAGAUAUAGCUCUUUGCGUGCGAAUCCUUACUGCUUAGUUUGCAGCUUUCUCUGGAAAGAUGGGCUCUGUACAAAACGAGGGGAAACCCUCUCUUACGCGAUGGUAUAUAGACACGCGCCAAUUGACAGCGACGAAUCCGUCACUCCCAUUGUUGGAGACCCUCCAACAAUCGGACCAAGAGACAGUCAAGAAGUUCUACCACCUCAGGGACCGACACAUGUCCCUCGCCUCAAACCUGCUGAAAUACCUCUUCAUCCACCGCUCCUGCCGCAUCUCCUGGGACAAGAUCAGCAUCAGUCGCACGCCAGAUCCUCACCGCCGACCAUGCUUCAUCCCCUCUCCCGCCCUGACCGAGGCCACCGACGAGCCCAUCCCUAACAUCGAAUUCAACGUCAGCCACCAAGCAUCUCUCGUAGCGCUCGCAGGCACAAUCAUCCCACCGUCCCAGGCCGCAACCACCACCCCCGCAGCGGUAUUCGCCAACCCCAGCCCAUCCUCGGUCCCAGCCCCCUCCGUCCCACAGGUAGGCAUAGACAUCACCUGCGUGGACGAGCGGCGCGCACGCACCAGCUCCGCCCCAUCAACCCGCAACCAACUAGCCGAAUACGUCGACGUCUUCGCGGAAGUCUUCUCCCCGCGCGAGCUGGACACAAUCAAGAACUUGGGCGGGAGAUUUCCGGCUGACGCGCAGGAUGGCGAAGCGGUGGAGUACGGCCUCCGCUUGUUCUACACGUACUGGGCUCUCAAGGAGGCGUAUAUCAAGAUGACUGGCGAGGCACUUCUCGCGCCGUGGCUGCGCGAGCUGGAGUUUACGGAUGUUAUUGCCCCUGCCCCUGCCCCUGCGCCGGUGCAGGGCUCCGCCUCGGCGGGGGAUUGGGGCGAGCCGUACACUGGUAUCAAGACCUGGUUGUAUGGGAAGAGAGUGGAGGAUGUGCGGAUUGAGGUGGUCGCGUUUGAAAUGGGCUAUAUAUUUGCGACGGCGGCGCGGGGGCGGGAUUGGGACCGAGAGUCGGCCGUUGCCCGGGGAUGCGGGCGUCGCUGUCUCUGUAGAUCCCUGGAUGCAGAUGGAGAAGAUCGAUAUCGACAGGGACAUUGCGCCUUGUGCGACGGGUGUUUGUCAGUGUGUAAAGAAAUAGUCUUUGGAGAGUCUAUUUGAGCGUUGAAGCAUCUGGACGAAGCGAAGCGGGGGUAAAUGAAUAUCUAUUCAUUUUCACCCACACCCAACAAUACAAAUAACUAUGAAGGAUAACGCUAAUUUACACUCUGUCAGGAGUCUGC